AUGGGCUUCGUCAAUUUCAAGAACUACCGGGUCUAUGUCCUGACUUCGGUGGCCUAUAUGGGCUCACUGCUGUUCGGUUAUGACACGGGUGUGAUGGGCUCAGUCUUAGCGCUGUCGAGUUUCAAAAAGGACUUUGGCCUGCCGGUCGAUUCAUCCGGCUUCAGCGACGACAAAAAUGCCCAGAUCUCCUCGAACGUAGUGUCGCUCCUCACAGCCGGCUGUUUCUUCGGCUCCAUCUUCGCAGCUUACAUCAAUGACCGUCUCGGACGUCGAUACUCGUUGAUGAUCUUCUGUAUGAUUUUCCUGGUCGGAGCAGCGGUUCAGGUCGGCGCCCAUCAUGAAAUCGGAAUGAUCUAUGGUGGCCGUGUCAUUGCUGGUCUGGGAAUCGGUGGAAUGUCCAGUAUCACCCCCGUGUUUGUCAGUGAGAACUGUCCCCCGGCGAUCCGUGGUCGGGUGGCGGGUCUCUUCCAGGAGUUCCUGGUCAUCGGUAGUACCUUUGCCUACUGGCUGGACUAUGGUGUGUCGAUUCAUAUUCCCGAGGGAACAAGCCAAUGGCGGAUUCCCGUUGCUAUUCAGCUUGUUCCCGGUGGGUUGAUGUUCAUCGGAUUGUUCUUCCUCAAGGAGUCUCCCCGUUGGCUGAUGAAGAAGGGCCGCAGUGAGGAGGCGCUCAACUCGCUGGCUUAUAUUCGGAAUGAUUCUGAGACCAGCGAGGAGGUUGUCAAGGAGUUUGCUGAGAUUACGGCUGCUAUCCAGGAGGAAACUAUCGCUACGGAGGGUAUGACCUGGAAGGAAUGCUUGAAGCCGACCAACAGAUACCGUUUCUUCCUGGCGUUUGUUCUCAUGUUCUGGCAACAGUUCUCUGGAACCAACAGUAUUGGUUACUAUGCCCCUCAAAUCUUUGCUAGUGUUGGACUGAGCAAGACCGACACUUCCCUGUUUGCUACCGGUAUCUACGGAACCGUCAAGGUGGUGGCAACGGCCAUCUUCCUGAUCAUCGGUAUCGAUCGCUGGGGUCGAAAGAAGAGUUUGAUCGGUGGUGCUGCUUGGAUGGCUUGCAUGAUGUUCAUCAUCGGAGCUGUCCUGGCCACUAAGCCCCCCAAUGCGAACGCCACUUCAGUCUCAUCGGCGUCAAUCGCCAUGGUUGCCAUGAUCUAUCUCUAUGUCAUUGGAUACUCAGCAUCGUGGGGCCCAACACCUUGGGUGUACCUCGGAGAGAUCUUCCCCACUCGCCUCCGUGCCUACGGUGUCGGAUUCGGUGCAGCCACCCAAUGGCUGUUCAACUUUGUCAUUACCGAGGUUACUCCUCGCGCCAUCAACAAAAUCGGUUGGAAGACUUUCCUCAUGUUCGGCAUCUUCUGUUUCACCAUGGGCAUUUUUGUCAUUGUGUUCUUCAAAGAGACCAAGGGCCGCACCCUUGAGGAGAUGGAUCUCAUCUUCGGCGCUGUUGAUGAGCAGCAGCGACGCGCUGACGUCGAGCAUACUUUGCAAAAGACUCAGAUUAUGCACGAGGAGAACGCUGAUGACACGACUACCACUGCGGAACGCAGGGAUUGA